AUGGUCAUCCUUCAAAAGGGAGAUUAUGUCUGGAUCGAUUCGGGCAUCGGGGUGCCCAUUGGAGCCCAGGUCAAGCUGUCUGAAAGGGGGGACCUUCAGCUGCUUGAUGAUGAGGGAAAGGAGCACAAGCUCACAAAAAAGCUGGAGAGCACCCUGAAGACCAUGCAUCCCACCUCCAUCAAUGGGGUCGAUGACAUGAUCCGACUAGGGGACCUGAACGAGGCGGGGCUCCUCCGGAACCUGCUGGUGCGACACAAAGAGGGCACCAUCUAUACAUACACUGGCUCUAUUCUGGUGGCAGUGAACCCGUACCAACUGUUGCCCCUGUAUACGCCGGAGCAGGUGCACUUGUACACGGACCGUCGGCUGGGCGAGCUGCCGCCGCACGUGUUCGCUGUGGCCGACAGCUGUUUCUUCAACAUGCGCCGCAACCGUAAAGACCAGUGCUGUGUCAUAAGUGGGGAGUCGGGAGCUGGAAAGACAGAGAGCACCAAGCUGAUGCUGCAGUUCCUGGCAGCUGUCAGUGGCCAGCGCUCCUGGAUUGAGCAGCAGGUUCUGGAGGCCAACCCCAUACUAGAGGCCUUUGGGAAUGCAAAGACUGUCCGUAAUGAUAACUCCAGUCGGUUUGGAAAAUACAUCGACAUCAGCUUUACUAAGGGAGGAGCUAUUGAGAGCGCCAGCGUUGAGCAGUACCUGUUGGAGAAGUCCAGAGUCUGUCACCAGGCUGCGGAUGAGCGGAACUACCACAUCUUCUACUGCAUGCUGCUGGGCAUGUCAGCUGAUCAGAAGAAGAUCCUGUCUCUUGGAACAGCCGCCGAAUACAACUACCUGACCAUGGGUAAAUGCACUUCCUGUGAGGGCAGGGAUGACAUACAAGAGUACGCUCACUUUCGUUCGGCCAUGAAGAUCCUCACCUUCACAGAGAAUGACUCCUGGGAGAUCAACAAGCUCUUGGCUGCCAUAUUGCACCUGGGCAAUGUGGACUUUGAAGCUACCAUCCUAAAUAACUUGGAGAGCUGUGAUAUCAAUUCAUCGGCUCAUUUCACCAUGGUUGCCAAGCUGCUGGAGGUUGAUACUAAGUCUCUGGAUGUGGCGCUGACUCAAAGGUCCUUUAUGACCAACAGGGAGAGCGUCUCUAAGCCACUGAACUCACAGCAGGCUCUGGCUGGCCGGGAUGCGUUUGUGAAGGCAAUCUAUGGGAAGAUGUUUAUAUGGGUUGUGGAGAAGAUUAACAGUGCCAUUUCCAAGCCCAUUCCAGAGGACAAACCUACAUCCAUUGGCCUCUUGGACAUUUUUGGUUUUGAGAACUUCACCCUGAACAGCUUUGAGCAGCUGUGCAUCAACUUUGCCAAUGAGCAGCUGCAGCAGUUCUUUGUGAAGCACGUCUUCAAGCUGGAGCAGGAGGAGUACGCCCGUGAAAACAUCAACUGGACGCUCAUCGAAUACAACGACAACCAGCGCACACUGGACGUCCUGGCCAACAAGUCCCUCAAUGUCCUGGCACUGAUCGACGAAGAGAGUCAUUUCCCUAAGGGCACAGACACCACCUUGCUGAGUAAGCUAAACCAAAUGCAUGGAAAGAGCAACAUCUACAUCUCUCCAAAGAACAACCACGAUACAAAGUUUGGGAUCCAACAUUUCGCUGGGGUUGUAUACUACGACUCAAAAGGCUUCCUGGAGAAGAACAGGGAUGCCCUGAGCUCUGACCUCAUCCAGCUGGUUGAGAAGUCCAGCAACAAGCUCCUGAAGGACAUCUUCCGCCGCGACCUCUCGCAAACAGCAGACAAUAAGAAGCGAGUGCCAACUCUGUGUGGUCAGUUCCGCCAGUCUCUGGAUGCCUUGAUGAAGACACUGAUGGCCUGCCAGCCCUACUUUAUCCGCUGCAUCAAGCCUAACGACUUCAAAAAACCCAUGCUGUUUGACAGGGAGCUGUGCAUGAGACAGCUGCGCUACUCGGGCAUGAUGGAGACCAUCCGCAUCCGCAAGGCUGGCUACCCCAUACGCCACACUUUCCAGGAGUUCCUCGACCGCUACCGCGUGCUGCUCAACAGCGCAGAGUGUGACCCCAAAACUGAGACGGCCCAAGAGUGCAGCAAAUGGAUCUGUAACCACAUCUUGACUGGUAAAGAUGACUGGAAGGUUGGAAAGGCCAAGAUCUUUCUGAAGGACGUCCAUGACACUGAUCUGGAGCUGGCGAGAGACUAUGCCCUGCACUACAAAGCCCUCAUCAUCCAGAGAGUCCUAAGGGGCUACAAGUACAGGAGGAACUUUCUACGGAAGAGGGCCGCUGCUCUGGUCCUACAGAAGUACUGGCGUGGCCACAAAGGCCGCAAGAAGUUCAGAGUGGUGCGCCUGGGCUUUUCGCGGCUGCAGGCUCAGGUGCGCAGCAGGCAGAUGCGCGCCCAUUACGAGCGGAAGCGCAACGCCGCUCUGGUCAUCCAAAAGCACAUCCGCGGAUUCGGCGUCCGCCGGGAGUAUGAGCGGCAGCGGGCAGCCGUCAUCGUCCUGCAGGCACACACCCGGGGCAUGCUGGCCCGCAAGGCUGUCAAGAAGAGGAAGAGGGAUGCCCACUUGUCGGCACAGGAUAGAAGGAAUGAGGAGCUGGCUGCCAGGGAGCGACAGAGACGAUUGGAGGACAUUCUGCGGCACAAGCGAGAGCAAGAGGCCGCCCAAUUACAAUCCUUCAAUGAGAAUGACCAGACAAUGGACGAGGCAAUGGAUGACAUCUUUGGUUUCCUGCCCCCUAUGGUGGGAGGGCAAGAGGGCAAAGCCCCUGUACCAUUUAAGGACCUCGAGGGGCAGCGCGUAGCGCUGGAGGAGAUCGACCUGGACGAGACUCCCAUCGCGGAGGACCUGCCCGAGGAGGACUACGACGACGACCUGGACGAGUAUUCCUUCUCCAAGUUCGCCGCCAUGUACUUCCAGGGCGCUGCCACAGCCACACACAUCCGCCGGAGGCUAAAUCAGCCCCUGCUCUACCACGACGAAGAGGGAGACGUGCUGGCUGCUAAGACGGUGUGGUGGCUCAUUCUGAGGUUCAUGGGGGAUCUCCCAGAGCCCAAGGCCCGUCAGCAGGCCCGCAGAAACGGGCCCCUGGAUGCUGGACUCUCACUGCAAUCAGAUUUAGCCGAGAGACAGAACAGACGCCUCAGUCACAUGAUUGGCAUGAACCAGAGGGCGGUAAAUGCAAACUUGCGAAAGAUCUCCACGGCGCCUGUGGAGAACGCCAGAAAGGGUUCCAUGUUCACCAACCUGAUCUCCCGCCGCAAGGACUCCUCCAUGCCCGAGGAGGUCAUUCUCAGCCGCAAAGGUUCCUCCCUUCCCGAGGAGCCCAAAGCCAGAAAGGGCUCCAUGUUCACCGACAUGCUCAGCAAGAACCGCAAGGUCUCCACCGCCCCCGAGCAGGGCGGCCCCAACAGAAAGGUCUCCGCCGCGCCAAACUUGAGUCGCCGAAAGCCAUCCAUGAUCUCAGAGGAGGCUGAGGAUGAGGUGGACAGCAACCCCGCAACCAGGACCAAAACCCGCACGUUGCAGACGCUAAGCGAGGAGGACAUGGUGGGCGGUGAGGGUUUCUCCCUUGAUCGACCCCUGACAUCCUUGGAGAAGCUCCACCUCAUCGUGGGUUAUGGCAUUGUCAGGCGCGAUCUCAGGGAUGAGAUCUACUGUCAGAUCUGCAAGCAGCUUCAGGAGAAUGCCAUCCGCAGCAGCUUCUACCGAGGCUGGAUCCUGCUGUCGCUCUGCCUGGGCAUCUUCCCCCCAACUGAGCGCUUUAUCAAGUACCUUCAAAACUUCAUCCGCUCUGGGCCCAAGGAAUAUGCCCCCUAUUGCGCUGAGAGGCUCAGGAGGACCAUGGCCAAUGGCGUGCGAGGAGAGCCACCCAGCUGGCUGGAGCUGCAGGCAACCAAAGCCAAGAAGCCCAUGGCCAUUUCGAUCACCCUCAUGGAUGGCCGCAUCCUCAACAUGCCCGUAGACUCUGCCACCACAUCUGUGGAGAUCUGCAAAACACUCUCCAAGAAGCUGAAACUCUACGACAUCUUUGGCUUCUCUCUCUACAUGGCACUGUACGACAAGGUGUGGUCGCUGGGCAACGCUCGCGACCACUUGAUGGACGCCAUCUCUCAGUGUGAGCAGGAAGUGAAGCGGAAGGGCGGGCAGGAGCAGCACGCCCCCUGGCGUCUGUACUUCCGCAAGGAGGUCUUCACCCCGUGGCACGACUGCUCCGAGGACGCCAUCAGCACCGACCUCAUCUACAGACAAGUCAUCCGUGGCCUCAAGUUUAGAGAGUACCAGUGCGAUAAGGAGGACGAUUUAAUCCAGCUGGCAGCGAAGCACUUCUUUGUGCAGCAUGGCGCGGACACCAGCAUGGAGAAGGCCAAGAGUGUGGUGGAGGAGUGCAUCAACUCCACCCUGCUGGAGGCCAAGACGGAGGAGAAGUGGGUCCAGAUGGUCAGUGCGGCACACAUGGAGGGGCCAUAUAUAAACUCUAAAAAGAGGGCUCCUGUGGUGAGGGCAGAGGUGGUGGACUAUGCCAAACAGAAGUGGCCCUUGUUGUUCUCCAAAUACUUUGAGGUGGUCAGAUUCUCAGGACAAGAUCUACCCAAAAAUAAAUUCAUCCUGGCCAUAAACUGGACGGGCAUAACAUUCCUGGAUGACAAGGAGAAAAAGGUUCUGCAGCUGACCUACCCUGAGGUCACCGGGGUCAACACCAUGAGGGAAGGAAAGGGCUUUGGUCAGUCUGUGUGUCUCCUGACCUUGAAAGGUGACUUUAUGCUGAAUGCAAUCAAUGCUGCAGACAUAGCAGAGGUGGUCACCAUGUUUUUGGGUGGCCUUAGAGAACGCUCACAGUAUGCAGUCACCCUGCAGGAGUCUGUUAAACAAGAGGACACCACCUUCCUCAGCUUCAAGAAGGGGGAGCUCAUCCUCCUCAUCAAAGAUGACGAGUUCUCACCAGAGCGGGGAUGGUACAAGGGCAAGAAUGAUAAGACGGGCCAGAUUGGCGCAGUGCCAUCUGAUGCCAUCCUGGUUCUGCCCACGCUUACCAAGCCCACUAAUGAGAUCAUAAGCUUGAUAACACUGUCCCCAGAUCAGAGGAAGAACGCGAUCAAUGCCACUCUCAGGGGCACUAGCACGGAGAGACUGGCUCUAUUCACACUCAAAGAGUACUCCCUCCAGUACUUCAGGCCACCGACUACGGAUGUGAACAAGCAGGUGAUGUCUAAGGGCGCUGCCCCUGAGAGGCUGUGGGUGAACUCCAGGGAGCCCAUCAGACAGGCGCUGCUGAAGAAACUGCUUGGCAACCCAGAGCCCAGCCACCGUGCCUGCCAGGCUUUCACUGCUAUCCUGAAGUACAUGGGCGACUACCCCACCAGACAGCAGCAGAGCCCUCUGGAACUCACCGACAUCAUCUUCGGAGGGGCCACCAAGCACGAGGAGCUGCGGGACGAGAUCUACUGCCAAAUCAUGAAGCAGAUGACCAGCAACAACAACAGGUACGCCGUGGAGCACGGCUGGCAUCUCCUGUGGCUGUGCUGUGGCCUCUUCCCCCCCAGCAACAUUCUGUUCAAACACGCCCAGCGCUUCCUGGAGACGCGCCGCAGAGACCCAAUGGCCACCGAAUGCCUGCAGAGACUGCAGGCCUCACUGAGGGCAGAGCCCAGGAAGUUCCCUCCACACCAGGUGGAGCUAGAUGCAGUCCAGCAGAGCAGCUUCCAAAUUUUACACAAGGUCAACUUCCCCAACGACUCCUCAGCGAUCUUUGAAGUGGGCCCCCACACCAAGAUCAAGGACCUGACCCGUACAAUCGCCACCAAACUGGAGCUGAUGUCGGCAGAGGGCUUCAACAUGUUCAUAAAAACCCCUGACAAGGUCCUCAGCUUGAACGACACCGACUACUUCUUCGACAGCCUGAGACAGAUCACAGAUUAUUCCAAGACGGCAAAGAGGGUCAGAGAAGGUGCAGCACCAGUGAAUGUGCAGUAUCAGGUGUUCUUCAUGAGGAAGCUGUGGUUCAAUGUUGUCCCUGGGAGAGACCUGGAGGCCGACGUCAUUUUCCACUUCCCUCAGGAGCUCCCUAAGUACCUGAGAGGCUACCACCAAACCGCCAAGGAGGACCUGAUACGCCUGGCCGGCCUGCUGUUCAGGGUGAAGGCUGAUACUGACCAGAGCCAGCUUCUCAUGAUCCCCAAGAUGCUGAAGGAGCUGGUGCCCCACGACAUGCUCAAGGCCUUGUCUGCUGAUGAAUGGAAGAAGCAAAUUACAUUAUCUUACAACAAGCAAGCUGCCAUGACUGUUGAGGAUGCAGCAGUGGCGUUCCUCAAGGUGAUCGCCAAAUGGACCACGUUCGGCUGUGCUUUCUUUGAAGUUAAGCAAACAUCUGAACCCAAAUACCCCGAUAUUGUGAGGCUGGCCAUUGGCAGACAAGGCGUCAUCGUCAUGCACCCUAAAACUAAGGAGAUUCUGGCUUCACACCCUUACAACAAGAUUGCCAACUGGCGCAGUGGAAGCACAUACUUCCACAUGACAGUGGGCAGUCUAGUGGGGGGGAACAAGCUCCUCUGUGAAACAUCUCUGGGCUAUAAAAUUGAUGACCUCAUCACAUCGUAUGUGAACAUGUAUUUGAACGAGACCAAAGCAGCUUCACGCCAACGGAACCAGCGCUACCGCUAAGGCCAACUGGGACCCAUAUGUGCCUCAGAAUGAAAAUACACACACGCAUACACACACACAUACACACACGCAUACACACACACACACACACACACACACACAUACAUAAUACACAAUACACAUAAAUAGCAUAAAUAACAGACUGUUUCAAUUGUCAGCUUUUUUAGAUUAAGUAUCAAGUGCAUAUACAUUGAUUAUGAAAUACUUAAAUCCGGUGCCAAAAUAAAUUAAAAGCAUUUGAGGGACUUUUGAAGUGAUUCCUUGGCCAGUCAUGUAUUGUUGAAAUAAAUCUCACUGUGUUUCAAAAUGUAUGCAUUGAAAAUAAGCAUGUCAAAAUGAACGUGUGUCUAAGACAAGACUUCAGAAAGCUAUCAUAACUUAUUUAUAACCCAGGACUUUUAAAUCAAUCACAGUUGAUUUCCUUGUCUAAGUUGUCCUUUCUGCCUGCCAAACUUUGUACCUUUCUGUCUGUGUUUUGCCUUGUUAAAUUCACGCAAGGGCGUAGUGUGUAAUGCCUAGGUUAUGGGAUUACACACUUAAUGAAUUUAUUGUUUUCAGAAGA